AGGGAUUUCGAUCGGUAAAAAAAUUAGGGGUUUCGAUCUCUUUCCUGGUAUCCGGUCGUCUGAAAUCCUUACUCCGAUGGGUUUCUGUCUUCCUCCAUGACCAUGUCGGCCGAUAACAGCACCUCGGCUCUGGGUCGCCGGCUAGGCUCAUGUUUUAUGGCUUGCAACUCCAGCAAACGAGCGCGGACACAUUCAGCUGAAGUAUACCCUCCGAUCGGGAAACUGGCAGACGAUCUUCUCGUAGAGGUUCUGAUCCGCGCCCUGCCUAACCCUAGGUCCGCCUGCCGAUGCAAGCUCGUCUGCAAGCGAUGGAGCUCUCUAAUCGUCGACCCAGUACGGUUCAAUCGCCGUUUCAUUUCUUACCACCGGAGCAGGAACCAACAACCUCCUCUGCUUCUUCACUCAGACGACCCGCAAUCGAUCAUCACGAGCUUUCUCCCUAUGAGCCGUCUAUCCCGUAUGUCCUUUUCAGUAAUGGAUUCUUACAAGGAUCUGGUCUUAUGCGGGUUUGAGAAUGUGGGUCCAACCAGCGGCGAAUUGUACAGAACAUACUUCCUCUGCAAUCCGUUUACUAAGCAAUGGCUCGCCCUCCCUUUGGCGCCUGAAUUGCCAGCAGGGUGCCCGUAUUUCUUCACAAGGUUAGUCUGUGAACCCCGCAAGUCUAAUGAUCUCGAUCUAGGAGAUAACCAAGUCUUUGCUUAUUCGUCCGAGUAUCGAUUCCGUGUGGUCCGCCUAUACCGGAGUGGAUCGUAUGCAAAACUAGACGUGUUCUGUUCGGAUACCGGAGAGUGGACCAAGGAUCGUCUUGUUAUUCCCAAUCAUUACCAAUGCAUAGCCAGAAAUGUGGUUUCCUGCAAUGGGGAGCUGUUCUGGAGUUAUGCUGUUCCGAACCAAGAUAAAGAUGCUGUUCGCCCGUCGAUAUCUUUCAUUGCUGCUUUUAAUCCUUUCCGACCCGACAUCCCUCCCACUGCCAUUGAUGCUCCGGAAGUGUUCUGCAAACCCGGGUGGGAUAUCUCAGUCUCGCAAGGCGCCUUGCACGCCAUUGCAUUUGAAGAUUCACUUCGACCUGAUCGUUCACCGAUUGCAUCGAGUGUUUGGAGACUGGAACAAGACCGUAAGUCUUGGAGGAAAGUAUGUGACGGGCUGCUAAAGAAGUCGAGAUUGUAUGAGCUUCGCCACUAUCUUAGGCCUUGUUUGCAUCCAGAGAAGCCGGAAGUUUUCUUCCUCAAACAUCGUGGUGAUGCUGGUGUAAUAUCUACCUUGUCCUGCGAUUUGAGGACAGGGGGAGAGGUGGAGCUCUUCUCAGAAGCCAGAGUAUUCUUAAGUUAUUGGAACUUGUUCCAAGUUCAAUUCUCUUGCUGGCCUACUUCGAUCCCAAGGUACAAGGAAUUGCGAGUUAUGUACGAUGGAAGCUGCAGCUGUUGGAUUCAGAGCAACAACGGAACUGACAACAACUCUUCAAUACUUGAUGGAGCAGGAGGUGCUGAAAGUCUCAGAUCCGGAGAAGGAUGAUGGCGUUCGAAGGAGUUGAUCAACUUGUCUGGUGGGUUUGGGAAGUGUUGGGUUUCUCUUCAUGACUGAACUUGUACAGUGGGUCGGGUAUGAUGGUUGUUGUGUAGCUGCUGUAGUGAAAUUUAUUUCUGGUAUGAAAGCGUUUCGGUCCCUGAAGAGAAUGUGUUUGGUGUCCUUAUGUCUGCGUUUACUUUCACUGCUACGUACGAAACACUUAUGCUUAGACAUCACUUAGGACGGUUUACACCAGUUCUACUCAACAAAUCAUGAACUAAUAGAACUCCACAGAAGGAUUUGAGAAUCAAGUUUUAUGAGUCAAGUUUUCAUUCACAUAGAACAAAACUUUUUUACGUUC